AUGACGGCGACGACGUCGGCGGCUGCGUUUUCGUCAAGCUUUGUCAGCAGCGUGGAGGAGUUCCGUGCCCUCUUCGCCCCGAAUAGCGCCGAUCGACUCCUGCUCUGCUAUGAGCCGGAACAUGACGGCGUGGCGGCGAUGAAUUUGACGGCUUUGGAGGAAGCUGUGCGCGCAGCCGCUGCGCGACACGCCACAAAAGUGCAGCUGCACUUCUGGGACUGCAGCAGCAUCGCCUUCGUGGCGGCGAAGGACCAGCUGGGGAAAGAGCGGGGCACGCCGCUGUUAGCUGUGGUGUAUCGGCAGGCCCUUGCGGACACGCUCAAGGAGCCGAUGAGCGCAAUGAUACAAAACGUGGAUCGCGUCUGCGAGCGCUUGGCAGCUUACCAGCGUGGUGGGAAGAUCGCGGUGCGGACCUCUUCGUCGCCGACGACGGCGUCGCCCCACCCCGUCGCUGACGAUUCAUACAUGUCCGUGGAUGUCUCGAAGCUGGUGGGGAUGGGCAAGCGGCUUCUGACGGACGGCAAGGCCGAGUACGCGGAGAAGUUUUUUCAUCGUGCGCUUGGAACACUUGAUGCGGUUAGGCCCCAAUGUGAGGGCGACGUGAACAUCGACGGAAGCACCGCCCUUUGCUUGGCGUGGGUAGCAUUGGCGCAAAUAGUCCAAGGAAAGAACGCCGAUGCACACAUGCGGCGCCUAGAGGCGGAAUACGCGGCGUUUUGCGAGGAGGUUGGCAGUGAUGCUGCGCGUGUGCGGGCCACUCAUCGACUGGUGACCGCGGCACCGCUCACCUGGCGCAGUGACACCUGCAGCCAGAAAAAACUGCGGGAGGUCUUAGACCGGGACCCGCAGAGCCACGAGCACCGCUGCGCCCUUGUCGUGACUUUGUUCCUUGCCGGGGAUCUCGAACGCUGCCUAACAGAGGCGGUCAAACUGACCACGCUGCAUGUCCCGUUCGGCGCCGCCGCCAUUUCCGCCAUUGGUGAGUUUAUUGGCCGCGACCACGCACUGAUGCAGGCCAUCGGCGUCGACCGUGAGCGCCCGUUAACAGGCGUGUAG